UCUCUCUCUCUCUCUCUCUCUCUCUUAAAUACACCUCUCCAUAUCUCGUCCACUCUCUUACUGUAUUUCUUGGUUCUUUUUUUCGGCACAAGCUCCCCUCUCCUCUCCGUAAAAUUUUGUGGGUUGUAGCUUUCUAAGUACUAUUAUUGAGAGGGAUUGCAGUGGGAAGAUCUAGAAAUGGGAUUGCUUGUUUUUCUGCUUUUAGCAAUCUCUGUUGUAUCUGCUGACCAAGAUGCAUUUAUUGGCGUGAACAUAGGAACAGACCUCUCAGACAUGCCACACCCAACUCAAGUUGUAGCUCUCCUCAAAGCCCAGCAAAUCCGCCAUGUCCGCCUCUACAAUGCUGACCGCGGCAUGCUUCUCGCCCUUGCCAACACCGGCAUUAAAGUUGCCAUCACGGUUCCCAAUGAACAGCUCCUAGGAAUUGGCCAAUCAAACACCACUGCUGCCAACUGGGUAUCCCAAAAUGUCGUGGCACAUUACCCGGACACCAAUAUUACCACCAUUUGUGUCGGUUCUGAGGUCCUAACCACCCUCCCAAACGCUGCACGUAUUUUAGUCAGCGCCCUCAAGUUUGUCCACUCGGCCCUAGUGGCUUCCAAUUUGGAUAGUCAAAUCAAGGUUUCAACGCCUCUUUCGUCCUCCAUCAUCCUUGACUCAUUCCCGCCGUCACAAGCCUUCUUUAACAGGUCUUGGAAUCCAGUCAUAGUACCCAUGCUCAGUUUCUUGCAAUCAACGGGAUCUUUCCUCAUGCUAAAUAUUUACCCGUAUUAUGAUUACAUGCAAUCUAACGGUGUUAUUCCCUUAGAUUACGCGCUCUUCCGUCCGCUUGCUUCAAACAAAGAAGCGGUUGAUGCCAACACACUCAUCCACUACACGAAUGUCUUUGAUGCUAUGGUUGACGCGGCGUACUUUGCAAUGGCUUACCUCAAUUACACUAACAUUCCGGUCAUAGUGUCUGAGUCUGGCUGGCCAUCUAAAGGCGAGUCUAGCGAACCUGAUGCCACUUUAGACAAUGCCAACACUUACAACAGCAACUUGAUAAAACACGUGCUGAACCAAACCGGGACCCCCAAACACCCUGGAAUUUCUGUUAGUACUUACAUAUAUGAGCUUUAUAACGAGGAUAACAAGCCAGGGCCUUUGUCCGAGCAAAACUGGGGAUUGUUUGAUGCAAAUGGGAAACCCAUUUACAUUUUGCACCUGACCGGGUCAGGAUCAGUAUUAGCGAACGAUACUACGAACCAAACUUUUUGUACAGCAAAGGACGGUGUUGAUGCGAAAAUGCUGCAGGCGGCUUUGGAUUGGGCUUGUGGGCCCGGGAAGGUGGAUUGUUCACCUAUUUUGCAGGGCCAACCGUGCUACGAACCGGAUAAUGUGGCUGCGCACGCGACUUAUGCUUUUGACACUUAUUAUCAUCAAAUGGGGAAGGCUCCUGGGACUUGCGAUUUUAAUGGGGUGGCUGCAAUCACUACCACGAAUCCAAGUCAUAAUUAUUGUCUAUUUGGAAGUGGUGGCAGCAAUGGAACCUUCGUAAACAGCACAGCCCCGGCAUUGAAUUCUUCGAGCUCAGGUUCUUCUUCCCACUACUUCCAUGGCUGUGGUUCAACAUGUGCGGUUAUUCUAGUCGGAGUCCUAUCAUUGUUUGUGGUUUUCCUUUGAUUCGUAUGUUAAUGGAUUGUUUGCCAGUAGGGAAUUUUAGCUAGAUGGCAGUUUUUAUUCAAUAUGUGCCCAUGGAGAGCUUUGUCUGGAUGUACUGCUCCUGGCCAGUUUUUUCCUUGUCCCCUUGGAACUUUCAAUUCCAGUUUUGUUUCCCCACCAUAAAAGAAAAAAGGUGGGAGGGGGAUUGUGUUGAUCUUAACAGUAGCACGAGCUGGUGAUUUUGGAGAGCUGUCCUAUUAGUCUUGUACAAAACAAGUAGUUGAAGGGCUCGGAUGGGGAUGUGUUUUGACUGGUUAAUUAUUCUUUUAAGGUUGAUUUAUGAUUCCUUCA